GCCUCAUCGGCCUUUUGUUGCACCUGGUCGUCAUCUCCCGCCUUAGGUCUCAUCUUACUUUCCCAUUCUUUGCUAUCCGCUUUCUCUGUCGUCGCAUAGUACGCAUCAUGAAGCUUGUCUUAGCUUUAGCGUCACUCGCUGCCUUUGCCGGCUCCGCGGCGGCUAAGGCUGUCUUCGCACAUGUCAUUGUCGGCGUCGCUCAGUCGUACACAGUAGCGCAAUGGGAGUCGGACAUCGCCCUCGCACAAGCCGCUGACAUUGAUGCCUUUGUCCUCAAUAUCACGCCUCCGUGGUCCGGGUCAGCAACUGAGACGCAGGUUGCCAACGCCUUCAAAGCAGCCGAGAGCACCGGGUUCAAGCUCUUCUUCUCCUUUGACUAUAAAGGAAACGGUCAGGCUUGGUCGGCCUCAGACAUCAUCACUGUUUUGCAGACUUACGCAAGCAAUGACUAUCACUACAAACACAACAGCCUCCCUCUCGUAUCGACGUUUGAGGGCACUGAUGCUGACAACAUCAAUGACUGGUCCACGAUCAAGUCCCAAGUCUCUAGCGACAUCUUCCUCGUGCCUGACUGGACAUCACUUGGUACUACCGAAUUUGCAACGCACUUGGACAUCGUUGAUGGCGCCUUCUCAUGGGACAUGUGGCCCGAGGGCCCCAACAACAUGACCAAUGCCUCAGACGUAGCCUGGACGAACGCCAUCGGUAGUGACAAGGCCUACAUGAUGGGCGUUUCACCUUGGUUUUACACCGAUUUGCCUGGCUACAACAAGGCGUGGGUCUGGCGUGGCGAUAGCAUGUGGCAUGAGCGAUGGCAGCAAGCCAUCGACCUCCAACCCGAAUUUGUCGAAAUCGUUACCUGGAAUGAUUACGGCGAGUCGCACUACAUUGGGCCAAUCUGGUCCGACGGCAUCCCGCAGGGUGACAACAUCAAUGCCCACACUUACGUCGAUGGCAUGCCACACGACGCCUGGCGCGAUCUACUGCCCUACUAUAUCUCUCAGUACAAAACUGGCUCCGCAGAUGUAACGACUGAGAAGCUGCAGUACUGGUACCGACUCACACCUGGUGCGGCCGGCACCACUGAGGCCACGGGCAAUAACUGCAAGUCGGACAUCAACAUCUACGGAUACCAGACAUGUUACGACCCGAACGAGAUCGCGGAAGACGGAGUGUUUGUCACAGCGUUGUUGAGCAGCCCGGCCACAGUCACAAUCAAGAUCGGCGACAAUGAUGCGACAUCUUUCGAGGCCACUGCUGCUGGCGCAAACCAUUUCUCUCGUCCCUUUAAUGGCCAGACGGGCAAGGUGGUCAUUUCGAUCGUACGCGAUAGUGCCACAGUGCUGAGCGGUACUGGUGAGGCUAUUCUGGAGAAACCUACGAGCGGUGUCACGAACUACAACGCUUGGGUUGGCGGAGUCAGCGCGUAGUAGGUGCUAUUAUAACUGUAGUAUACUUAUAAGCAAUCAGGUGUCGAAACUUUUUAUUUCUUGUCGGAUCUGCCAGCAUCUUGGGUGGAAUUUUCUCAUGACAUAUUUCAAGCUUUACUUUUGUCAAAUGAUAGAGAUAUGUACAAGUGUAUAGAACCGGUUCUUGCUAUGCAAGUCGUUACUCAUUCUUUACUGUGCGGUUCAAACGUUUCUUCUUGCUGUC